UCCACAAUAGGUUUAGGCCGAGCAGGCCACUUUUUGUCGCAGAUAUAAACAUGCAAGCACAGACAAUUGCACCCGGCUCGAGGGCACCGACUGUCAUUCAUUCUCGCUCUGUCUUUUCAAAGCAUGUAGCAACCGUUUUGUGCCCGGCUAAGCUUCACCGGCGGCGCGUCGACGUUUGCGCUUCUGCCGCGGACUCGCCUGAUACAGCGCCGUCUACAUCUGCAGCAAAAGAGGUUGCUGAUGUUCCCGCGGAUCUUGUGCGCGAAAAAGCGGCAGAAGGCAUGAAGCGCUUCGCGGCCUCGACGCGCAAGGUCGGCGCUGCUCGUCUCGUCGUUGAUUCCCUCAAGCGUGUGUCGUUGACCUUCAUCGGCGACGAUCAUCAACUCAACUACGCGGUGGCCAAGGUGGUGGGCAGCCGUCUGGGCUGGUUCCCCGUGGACGGACUGAAGGUGAUGACGGGCAUGCGGAAGGUGCCGGACCUGGCGGCACUGACAGAGCCGGAGCGAGUGGCGACUGAGGCUGAGCUGCUGCGCGGGCUGCGCAACCAGUUCCGAGUCAUUGCCACGCCGCUGCCGGCAGGGGCGGUGCUGCAGGACGCGGUGUGGAAGGACCUGUGGGGCUCGGUCAUCGUGUGGAUUGACGAGGAUGACAAGAGCACGCCCAAGCCGCGCACCCCGGAGCGGCAGCUGUACGAGGACAGGGCGGAGCUGGCAGUGCGCGUCAAGGUUCAAAAGGGCUUUGGUGUGCGGGGCGGCCAGACGCUGGAGGGCCGGGCGCGCGCAGUGGCAGACACCCUGCUGCCGCGCCUCAGCGACUUCCUGGCGGAGAAGCCCGAGCUCACGGAGCGCAAGCGGCAGUACGUGGAGCGCGGCUGCCGCGGCGACUGGCCCGAGCUGCAGCCGGCCGAGGGCAGCCCGGUGGUGGCGGCGCUGGACCGCAAGCCGCUCGCGGGCUUCGAGGAGGAGCAGGAGCAGCAGCAGGGGCAGGAGCAGCAGCAGGGGCAGGGCGAGCAGAAGCAGUAGGAGCGUAGGAGCAGGAGCGGGCGGAUGCGGCAGAAGCAGUAGCGGGCGCUUGGGGCGCCCGCAUGGCAGGACGGGCGGCGGAGCGCUGGGUGGAGCUCGGUGGAGCUGGAUGGAGGCAGGCAGGGGAGGUAGGGGAGGGAAGAUACGGUAGGUUCGUGCUCGUGCAGGAAAGGGCUGAAGCGGUACGGCGAGGAACCAGGAAAGAGGUACAGCCUUGAAGAAAGGUUGGAAGUAGCAUUGGGAAGAGAAGAAACAAGCAAUGAGGAAAGCGAGACCGCAAUAAGGAGGGCGAUGUUAAUGCCUGGUGGUGAAUGACUGGACGCGGAUGUCAUGUUGGGCAUGUGUCAGGCCGCCAGAGAGAAAUGCAAAGUACGGUACUGAGGACGCGCGCGAUGGUGCUACAGCGUGCAUGACGACGGGUGAAUCGCAACUGUAAAGUUACACUGAA